UGUUUAAUAUUAUAGUAGUAAAAUAAUAGUAAAUACUAUUUUAAUUGUAUUAAAGAGUUCUUGGGCCUUGGUUCUUGUUCAUUAUUUUGUUGGAAAUUGUGAAAUAUUACUUUCUGUGCUACAUGUAAAAUAGUUCAUUUCGUUUCUGGUGCACGUACAAACGCAAUCGUGAUUGACGAUGGACCAACAGCCGCCAAAAGGACGAGGGGCUGCGAUCCUAGCCAGAUUGCAGGCCAAGAAAUUGGAGAAAUCCGUUGGCGCCGAGUCCGAGGCGCCCCCCGUCGAAGAGCCCCCGAAACCGAAGGGCCGCGCUGCGAUUCUACAGCGCAUAAAAGACAAGAAACUGCUCAGACCCGGUACAUCGUCUCAGGACGUCGAAAGCACCGCAGCUUCAGUGGAAGUGCAACAGGAGGAGGUAGAAAGCGUCGCUGCUUCCGUAUCUUCUAUGAGUUUUAAGGAAAAGGAACCGGUGCAUUUCAAAGGGGAAGAUGGCAAGCCCAUAUUACUAUCUGCCAACUACAUUAAACUGAUAGUCGAUAAGAACAAAGGGGUUUUCGAAUACGAGGUCAAAUUCACGCCUGAAUUAGAUGCGAAAAACAAGAGGCUGCGAUGCGUACACCAAGUGACCAAGGAAUGUGGCCUGAAAAAGGUUUUCGACGGGGGAAGCCUACUGUAUUUACCUGAAAAAAUAACAGACACAUCAAAAGUAUUCACGACGACCAUCGACGGGCCUGAAAGCAGCCAGGAAGUCGCCGUUACCAUGAUUUACAAAAGGAAAAAGAACAUGGGCGAAAGGGAGUGCCUUCAUUUGUACAAUGUCCUGUUCAAGCGCAUCAUGCACACCCUGCUCUACCAUCAAAUCGGAAGGAAUUACUUCGACACGAAACACAACUACCUGAUACCCCAACACAAGCUCGAAAUAUACCCGGGUUUCGCCGUUAGCGUGGACGAAUUGGAAGACGGCCUGAUGAUAUGCCUCGAUACGCAACACAAGGUCAUCAGAACCCAAACUGUCUACGAACUGUUGAACGAAUUAAAGUCCGCGCAUCCGGACAUGCGUCGGUUCAAAGAACAAGUGGUGGCGAAUGUCAUCGGAUCCUGCAUAUUCACGAGGUACAGUAACAAAACGUACACAAUACAAGACGUGGCUUGGGACAUGACCCCCAAAGACACGUUCCCCACGAGAGACGGCGGCGAAAUAAGUUUCAUCGAUUACUUCAAACGGCAGUACGAUAUCACCAUUCGCGAUUUAAAUCAACCGCUAUUGAUACACAGGAAGAGCGUAAUGGUGCCUGGUAGUUCCGAGAAAGUGGAACGAAUGGUGUGCUUGAUCCCGGAAAUCAGUUAUUUGACCGGUAUGAGCGACAACAUGAGAAACGACUUUACGAUUAUGAAAGACGUGGCCCAAUUCACGAGAGUGACGCCCAAUCAACGAAUAGCUGCUUUGAAAACCUACCUGUCGAACGUUAAAAAGUGCGAGCAAGCUCAGGAAAUUCUGGCCGAUUGGGGGCUGAAAGUGGCCGAUGAUUCGUUGCAAUUGCCCGGCAGACAAUUGGAAAAUGAACUUGUCUAUUUCGGUGAUGGUAAACAAGUCAGGAGUAUGAACGGGGAUUGGUCCAGAGCUGCAGGAGAUAAUAAACUUAUUGGACCAGUAGACAUGACGAAUUGGAUGCUUUUCUAUACUCAGAAGGAUACGGCGUACGCGGAAAACUUUGUAGAUCUAAUGUGUAGACUAGCAGGGCCUAUGGGUUGCAUAAUAAAACGUCCGAAAAUGGUAAAACUCCCCGAUGACAGGACAGAUACUUACUUGAAAUCGUUCCAAGAAAAUAUAAGAAAAGAUAUCGAGGUGUGCGUUUUUAUAUGUCCCACUGCGAGGUCGGAUCGUUACAACGUGAUUAAAAACCUAACAUGUGUGCAAUAUCCCGUCGCCUGUCAAGUGAUCAAUUCAAGGACGUUAUCGAACCAGAAAAAAGUUCGAGGUAUCGUCCAAAAAAUCGCCCAGCAAAUGACUUGUAAAUUAGGUGGAACCUUGUGGACGGUGAGGUUUCCCUUCAAAGGCUGGAUGAUAUGCGGUAUGGACGUCUAUCACGGAGGCCCGAACGGACAAUCAGUAUUUGGACUGGUGGCCAGUUUGAAUGAGAGUAUAUCAAGGUGGUUUAGCGUAGCUGUAUUCCAACAGAAAGAGCUCAGCGAUCAUCUGAAAGGUGCCUUCACUAAAGCGUUGGAAAUGUGGCGGAACGUGAACGGUUUCAUCCCUAAAAGAAUAGUCGUUGUAAGGGAUGGAGUCGGAGAUGGCCAAUUAGAGCAAUGUAAGAGAUACGAAAUCGAACAAAUGGAAAGUAUUUUGAAGCAACUCGAAUUCGACACGACGAUUUGCUUUAUUGUCGUUCAGAAGAGGAUUAAUACAAGACUGUUUGCUUUGGGUAAUGGUGGUUGUGAGAAUCCCCCUUCUGGUACAAUUAUGGACAACACUAUCACUAGGCGUUAUCUUCACGAUUUCUUCCUCGUUCCACAGAGCGUUCGUCAAGGGACAGUCAACCCCACUCAUUAUAUUGUCCUACAUGACACCUGCGGACUUAAACCCGAUCACGUUCAAAGGCUGUGUUACAAAUUGUGCCAUUUGUACUAUAAUUGGUCGGGAACAAUCAGGGUACCGGCUCCUUGCCAGUACGCGCACAAAUUGGCCUCUCUCGUUGGACAGAAUAUUAAGAAGGCGCCUAGUAAUCAGUUAUCAGACAAGCUGUUUUACUUGUAGGCAUCUUUUUUAAGUUUUUCGUUAGUAUUAAGAAUUCGUUAAUGUUGUUUUAUUUUUUAUGUUACCGAGAAUGAUGAUUUCAUUUACUUCAGAUGGAUCAAUGUUUUUAUUUCUGAUAGAACAAAGUUAAUAUUUUUGUACCGGUUUUUUGGUAUCGUAAUCUCAUGUCAAUUAGUUGCCGUAAUUAGAAAGUAGUGCAUACUUGAAUGGUAUAUAAUUUAGUUAUGUUUAAACUCUAUCCUAAUUUUUGAUCAAUGCAUUAUACUAGAGUACAAAAAACUUAAUAAGAUAUCGAACUGACGACUUGUGAUAAAGACCAAUUUGCAAUAAUUCACAAAUGUGAUGUAAUUCCAUUCACAUUUUUUUUGCGAUGUGGUUGACUAUGGAGUUAAAAAUAUUUCUUAUUUUUCAUUACAAAAUGUUUACUAUAAAUAUUUUUUUUCGAUUAGUUUAUGUAAAUGUUUAGUUCAUAUAUUGUAUGUAUGUCCAUUCAAAACUCCUACGUAUUGUUAAAAUUAUGUCGUUGAAAUAUUUUUCUACUUAUAAAUUCGUUCAAUAAAAUUAAAAAAUUCGUUUAAUAAGUAGCAUCUUUAGUAAGUAGUUUAUUUCAACAAAAGUACCGAAGCCGUUCUGAACUCUUGUACGAUUGCAGAGUUCACUGAAGAAUUAUUUUGCAUAAACGCAGUACGUUCAAAACGAUUCUGUCUUUUGUUGAAAUGAACUUAUUUAAAACUAUAAACAUUAAUACAUUUGCUCAAAGUUCAUAAAUGGAUAUUUUUUCCUAAUGCGUUGGCAGCUUAUAGAUUUUCUUUUCGGUCCUACUUCUUUAAUUAAAUUAUGCACUCUGCCAGUGAAAGUUCUCAAGGAUUUGCAUCCCUUGAGACCUUUAGCCAAAUUCCAGAUGGUGUUUUUAUUCACAAUUUCGCCCAUCACUUCAUCUAUCUCCACCUCUAAGGAACUGAAGGAACCGAUAUUUUUGGCCGACAUUCCCAACAUAAUUUUCCAGCCGAUUAAAAAUUCGGGAGCAACGAAAACGCACCUAAAGCUAAAGGAAAUGUAAGUAGAAUAGUUCAUCGUUUACAAGUGCUUUUUACAUACAUAAAUGUCUGCUCGGUGUCGCCUCUAAUCAUCCUGAAAUGGGAGUUUUCCAACCUUUCGUACUCCAUUUCAAACUUUUUCAAAUCGACCAUGAACAAAUCCAUAUAGUCUAACAACGAAAAAAUGGUGUAUGAAUCGGUCAAUACUUGACUUAGCUUUUUCCGCUUCAUUGUUUCUCUAACACACAAGGCUAAAUAAAAAAGAAUUGCGGGAGCAUCACCUAAAAAAAACAAUUUAUUUAGCAA